AUGGCUGCAAGUUUGAAUUUAAAACUAACGUUUCGAGGAGAAUCUACUUAUGUAAUCAUCAAAGAAAAUGAAUUGAAUUUUGAUCAAGUUAAGCAUCAAUUUUCCAAAGAAUUUGAAACUUUUGAUUCGGAAAAGUGCAAAAUCGAAUGGAAAGAUCAGGAUAACGAUUGGAUCAUAUGGAAAAGAGAUGACGAUUCUCUUAAUAAUAUCUUGAAAAACGUGGCGAAAAAUGAUCAAAAUACCCUCAAGUUUCAAGCAAUUGAAACAAUUAACGGUCGAGAUUCGUUGAGCACAAAAGCGUUGAUCAGAAGAUACAUUAAUAUGCUAGAUGAAACUCGAGAUACAGCUGAACGAAUCGUGCAACUUGAUAUUAUGCGUCAUAUAAUGAUUAUCACAAAACCUGAACAAAAGCUAGCCAACUAUACUCGAGAAGUAACAACCUGGUUAAUUGAAUCUUAUCAUCAAAUUCAUGUUUACGUUGAUCGUAAUUUUAUGAAUGUUUUUGAGAUGAUCGCUGAACGCGAAGAAUAUCAACGUCAACUUCAUUUUUGGAACGCAAAUGACGUCAAAUCGGAUAAUAUCGAUUUGAUAAUUACUCUUGGAGGUGAUGGGACAAUUUUAUAUUCAUCUUGGAUGUUUCAAAGUGAUAUGCCGCCUUUGUUAUCGUUUCAUUUUGGAUCUUUGGGUUUCUUGACUGUAUUUGAUUUUAAUAAUCAUCGGCGCGUUUUACGCAAUGUGAUUGAUGGCGGCGGUGUCCGUGUUAAUGUCAGAUCUCGACUUAAGUGUUCUAUUUAUAGGAAUCAUAAAAAGGUGAAUGAAAGUAAUAAUAUUGAAGGAGUCGAUGGUUUAGAAAUUUCACAGUCACCUGAAAUUUUCCAUGUGUUGAACGAUUUAUGCAUUGACCGCGGUGAUGCUGGGAACAUGUUGGAAAUCUUGUUGUUUUUGGAUGGUUGCCAAAUUACAUCGAUUUGGGCCGAUGGGCUUGUUUUGGCAACAUGUACGGGAUCUACUGCUUAUUCGCUUUCUGCUGGGGGAUCUCUCGUUCAUCCUGAUCAAAAUGCUAUUUUGAUAACUCCUAUUGCGCCACAUACACUUACCGCGAGGCCGAUGAUUAUUCCUGGAUUUAAAGAAAUACGUGUUUGCGUUCCUUCCACGAGUAGAAUCACCGGUUGGGUCUCCUUCGACGGAAGAAAUCGUAUUUCACUUGAUCGUGGUGAUUCAAUAGUGGUGACUGCGUCAUUGCAUCCUUUGUUAACGAUCUGCAGCGAAGGCCCUUAUAAAGAUUGGUUUCGCGGAUUAAGUAAAAUUCUUAGUUGGAACGAAAGAGUUCCACAAAGACCAUAUGAUAAUUCCAUAUUAGUCUGA